CAGUCAGGAGGUCGGAGGCUAGCAGGGUAGGGCAGAUUGGGAUUGACAUCUUGCCGUGGCUAGCAUGCGAACGGCUUUCACUCGUGGUUGCGAACCCAGCCUGGAUUGGCCCUGAGGCAGAGUGAUCCACCUGGAGACCCCGCGGCCGUUUGGCUAAUGCGUUAGCAGCCCAGCUAGCAACGGUCAACCGCGACGAGGUGGACCUCCGCCGCUGUCAGUCGUCCAUCACCACCCACUAGUCCGAGUCCCAGUACCAAACCGGUCAGUCUGGCGAUAAUCCCCAGCGGGAUCUUCGGGUCUCGACCGACUCGCGGCUUUCAUGGUGUCUUGCGGCCUCCCUCAUGCCAGCCUCGCAACUUUUUCUUUCCGUUAGACACUUUCUUGCGUUUCUCGUCGCCCACAAUGCUUGAUCAAAGGCUGGCGGGAUGGCGGUUGAGUACUACAAUGUCUUCGAGUUCCCGAUUGUGCGUGACCAGCUCAUCGCUAACACCGUGCUGGUGGCACUGAGCACCCUGGCAAUCGGGCUUCGAUUCUUUUCUCGCCGGAUCAGGCAGAGUAAGAUCUGGUGGGAUGAUGCCUGCAUCGUAAUGUCAAUGUUACACACCUAUGGAAUGCUCGCGAUGCAGUAUCACUAUGCACGGGUGGGUAUGCGCCACCAUUAUACUGACAUUCCCCCGGAAAAUACCAUUCUCAUCUUCAAGAUGCUCGUUGUCUACCAAAUCGUCUAUUACAACGCCAUGGUCUUUGCCAAAUUUUCCUACCUUUUCUUUUAUCUCCGCAUCUUUGUCACCCGCGGCUUUCGCAUCGCCGCUCGAGUUUGCAUGGGCUGUGCGGGUGCGUACUGGCUGGGGAGCACGCUCCAGGUGUUUCUAAUCUGCCAGCCAUUCGCGAAGAACUGGGACGCGACACUCCCUGGCCAUUGCGCCAGCAUGAAUGUGGCCUUCUCGACAAUUGGUGCGUUUAACCUCGUCACAGAUGUGUCGAUUAUGGCGCUUCCAGUGCACCAUAUCUGGAAGCUUCAGAUGUCAACUGCUACUAAGAUGGCUCUAUAUGGCAUCUUCGGAGUCGGUUCAUUCAUCUCUGCCAUAACCAUCAUUCGCAUCCACGUUCUCACCACUGUCGACUUCACCGAUCUUCCCUAUAGCAUGAUCUGGGCCGCGUUUUGGAGUGUUACAGAGCCUGCAUUGGCCAUCACCAAUGCGUGUGUGCCGAUGAUGCGUCCGGUGUUCAAGGCCGCAUUUCCGGGGGUUUUCUCGUCCGCCAAGGCGGCCUACACGUCGCAGACAGGGGCCCAGUCUGGUGCAUCUGGAUCUGCGUUCAAGCGGAUGCGCGACACUGAGAGUGAGAUACCACUGACACACUUGGUACCGACCAAGACCGGUAGUCGGGGAGUAGAGUACGAGCCGUCAUUAACUGAGCGGUCGCAUGACGGGGGAUCGACGCAUGUGCCGACGAGUGUGAUUGGGGAGGAUGAGCGGUAGAUAUGAUGAAUAGAUUUACUUUAGUACAACAUUGACAAAGGUACCCUCAGCUCAU